CAGUUCGCGCCGCGCCUCAGCUCGGAGCGCAGCGGCGCCGGCUCCUGGAGCCCGAGCGGAGCCCGCCUGGGCGCCCAACAGCGCGCACAAGCCGCGGCCGCGCCGGCGAUGCGGGGCCGCCCCGCGCCGGCUCCAGUCCCGGCCCGGGCCCCCGCGGGAAGGGACUGAGCCGCCCGCCGCCGCCCGGAUGGCGAGCCUCGCCGCGCUCGCCCUCAGUCUGCUUCUGCGGCUGCAGCUGCUGCCUCUGCCCGGAGCCCGGGCGCAGAGCGCCGCAGGUGGCUGUUCCUUUGAUGAGCACUACAGCAACUGUGGUUAUAGCGUGGCCCUGGGGACCAAUGGGUUCACCUGGGAGCAGAUUAACACUUGGGAGAAACCAAUGCUGGACCCAGCAGUGCCCACAGGGUCCUUCAUGAUGGUGAACAGCUCUGGGAGAGCCUCCGGCCAGAAGGCCCACCUUCUCCUGCCAACUCUAAAGGAGAAUGACACCCACUGCAUAGAUUUCCACUACUACUUCUCCAGCCGCGACAGAUCCAGCCCAGGGGCCUUAAACGUCUACGUGAAAGUGAACGGCGGGCCUCAGGGGAACCCUGUCUGGAAUGUAUCCGGGGUCGUCACCGAAGGCUGGGUGAAAGCAGAGCUCGCCAUCAGCACCUUUUGGCCACACUUCUAUCAGGUGAUAUUUGAAUCUGUCUCUCUGAAGGGUCAUCCUGGCUACAUCGCUGUGGACGAGGUCCGGGUCCUCGCUCAUCCAUGCAGAAAAGCACCUCAUUUUCUGCGACUCCAGAAUGUCGAGGUGAACGUGGGGCAGAAUGCAACAUUUCAGUGCAUUGCUGGUGGGAAGUGGUCUCAACAUGACAAACUUUGGCUUCAGCAAUGGAAUGGGAGGGACACAGCUCUCAUGGUCACCCGUGUGGUCAACCACAGGCGCUUCUCAGCCACAGUGAGUGUGGCAGACACGGCCCAGCGCAGCGUCAGCAAGUAUCGCUGUGUCAUCCGCUCUGAUGGGGGGUCCGGCGUGUCCAACUACGCGGAGCUGAUUGUGAAAGAGCCUCCCACGCCCAUCGCGCCCCCGGAGCUGCUGGCCGUGGGGGCCACCUACCUGUGGAUAAAGCCGAAUGCCAAUUCCAUCAUUGGGGACGGCCCCAUCAUCCUGAAGGAGGUGGAGUAUCGCACGACCACUGGCACCUGGGCUGAGACCCACAUCGUGGACUCACCCAACUACAAGCUGUGGCACCUGGACCCGGACGUGGAGUACGAGAUCCGUGUGCUGUUAACACGGCCAGGCGAGGGUGGCACAGGGCCCCCGGGGCCUCCCCUCACCACCAGAACCAAGUGUGCAGACCCAGUACAUGGCCCACAGAACGUGGAGAUUGUGGACAUCCGAGCGCGGCAGUUGACCCUGCAGUGGGAACCCUUUGGCUAUGCAGUGACCCGUUGCCACAGCUACAACCUCACAGUGCAGUACCAGUAUGUAUUCAACCAGCAACAGUAUGAGGCUGAAGAAGUCAUCCAGACCUCCUCCCACUAUACCUUGCGUGGCCUGCGUCCCUUCAUGACCAUCCGUUUGCGGCUCCUGCUGUCUAACCCUGAGGGUCGGAUGGAGAGUGAGGAACUGGUGGUGCAGACUGAAGAGGAUGUUCCAGGAGCUGUUCCCCUGGAAUCAAUCCAGGGAGGACCUUUUGAGGAGAAGAUGUACAUCCAGUGGAAACCUCCCAAUGAGACCAAUGGGGUCAUCACUCUGUAUGAGAUCAACUACAAGGCUGUUGGCUCACUGGACCCCAGCGCAGACCUCUCCAGCCAGAGGGGGAAGGUGUUCAAGCUCCGGAAUGAAACCCACCAUCUCUUCGUGGGCCUGUACCCAGGGACCACCUAUUCCUUCACCAUCAAGGCCAGCACAGCCAAGGGCUUUGGGCCCCCAGUUACCACUCGGAUCGCCACUAAAAUUUCAGCUCCAUCGAUGCCCGAGUAUGACACUGAUACUCCACUGAAUGAAACAGACACGACCAUCACAGUGAUGCUGAAGCCCGCCCAGUCCCGGGGAGCCCCUGUCAGUGUUUAUCAGCUGGUUGUCAAAGAGGAGCGACUGCAGAAGUCACGGAGAGCAGCUGACAUCAUUGAGUGCUUUUCUGUACCUGUGAGCUAUAGGAAUGCUUCCAGCCUUGAUUCCCUGCACUACUUUGCUGCUGAGCUAAAGCCCGCCAACUUGCCUGUCACCCAGCCAUUUACAGUCGGUGACAACAAGACGUAUAAUGGAUACUGGAAUCCUCCUCUCUCCCCUCUGAAAAGCUACAGCAUCUACUUCCAGGCUCUCAGCAAAGCAAAUGGAGAAACCAAAAUUAACUGUGUCCGUCUAGCUACAAAAGCACCAAUGGGCAGCGCCCAGGUGACCCCGGGGACUCCACUCUGCCUCCUCACUACAGGUGCCUCCACCCAGAAUUCUAAUACUGUAGAGCCAGAAAAGCAGGUGGACAACACUGUGAAAAUGGCUGGUGUGAUUGCCGGCCUCCUCAUGUUUAUCAUCAUUCUCCUGGGUGUGAUGCUUACCAUCAAGAGGAGAAGAAAUGCUUAUUCCUACUCCUAUUACUUGAAGCUGGCCAAGAAGCAGAAAGAGACCCAGAGCGGAGCCCAGAGGGAGAUGGGGCCUGUGGCCUCAGCUGACAAACCCACCACCAAGCUCGGCACCAGCCGCAAUGAGGAAGGCUUCUCUUCUAGCUCUCAGGACGUCAAUGGAUUCACAGAUGGCAGCCGCGGGGAGCUCUCCCAGCCGACUCUCACGAUCCAGACUCACCCCUACCGCACCUGCGACCCCGUGGAGAUGAGCUAUCCCAGGGACCAGUUCCAGCCCGCCAUCCGAGUGGCCGACCUGCUGCAGCACAUCACCCAGAUGAAGAGAGGCCAGGGCUAUGGGUUCAAAGAGGAAUAUGAGGCCUUACCCGAGGGCCAGACAGCUUCAUGGGAUACAGCCAAGGAGGAUGAAAACCGCAAUAAGAAUCGAUACGGGAACAUCAUAUCCUAUGACCAUUCCCGGGUGAGGCUGCUGGUGCUGGAUGGAGACCCACACUCUGACUACAUCAACGCCAACUACAUUGAUGGAUAUCAUCGACCUCGCCACUACAUUGCUACUCAAGGUCCAAUGCAGGAGACAGUAAAGGAUUUUUGGAGAAUGAUCUGGCAGGAGAACUCCGCCAGCAUCGUCAUGGUCACAAACCUCGUGGAAGUGGGCAGGGUGAAGUGCGUACGGUACUGGCCGGAUGACACGGAGGUCUACGGAGACAUUAAAGUCACCCUGAUUGAAACAGAGCCCCUAGCAGAAUACAUCAUCCGCACCUUCACGGUUCAGAAGAAAGGCUACCAUGAGAUCCGGGAGCUCCGCCUGUUCCACUUCACCAGCUGGCCUGACCACGGCGUCCCCUGCUAUGCCACUGGCCUUCUGGGCUUCGUUCGCCAAGUCAAGUUCCUCAACCCUCCAGAAGCUGGACCCAUAGUGGUCCACUGCAGUGCUGGAGCUGGGAGGACUGGCUGCUUCAUAGCCAUCGACACUAUGCUUGACAUGGCUGAAAACGAAGGAGUGGUGGACAUCUUCAACUGUGUGCGUGAGCUCCGGGCCCAGAGGGUCAACCUUGUGCAGACAGAGGAGCAGUAUGUGUUUGUGCACGAUGCCAUCCUGGAAGCAUGCCUGUGUGGCAACACUGCCAUCCCUGUGUGCGAGUUCCGCUCCCUCUACUACAACAUCAGCAGGCUGGACCCCCAGACCAACUCCAGCCAAAUCAAAGAUGAAUUUCAGACCCUCAACAUUGUAACACCCCGUGUCCGGCCUGAGGAUUGCAGCAUCGGACUCCUGCCCCGGAACCACGAUAAGAAUCGCAGCAUGGAUGUGCUGCCUCUGGACCGCUGCCUGCCCUUCCUCAUUUCAGUGGAUGGAGAAUCCAGCAACUACAUCAACGCGGCCCUGAUGGAUAGCCACAAGCAGCCUGCUGCCUUCGUGGUCACCCAGCACCCUCUACCCAACACCGUGGCAGACUUCUGGAGGCUGGUGUUCGACUACAACUGCUCCUCUGUGGUGAUGCUGAAUGAGAUGGACACUGCCCAGCUGUGCAUGCAGUACUGGCCCGAGAAGACAUCUGGGUGCUACGGGCCCAUCCAGGUGGAGUUUGUCUCGGCAGACAUUGAUGAGGACAUCAUCCACAGAAUAUUCCGCAUCUGCAACAUGGCUCGGCCACAGGAUGGAUAUCGCAUAGUCCAACACCUCCAAUACAUUGGCUGGCCUGCCUACAGGGACACUCCUCCCUCCAAGCGCUCUCUGCUCAAAGUGGUCCGACGGCUGGAGAAGUGGCAGGAACAGUAUGAUGGGAGGGAAGGACGCACCGUGGUCCACUGCCUGAAUGGGGGAGGCCGCAGCGGAACCUUUUGUGCCAUCUGCAGUGUGUGUGAGAUGAUCCAGCAGCAGAACAUCAUCGACGUGUUCCACAUUGUGAAAACAUUGCGUAACAACAAAUCCAACAUGGUUGAGACCCUGGAACAGUAUAAAUUUGUAUAUGAGGUGGCCCUGGAAUAUUUAAGCUCCUUCUAGCCCAGUGAGAUGGAGAACCUGCUGGAGUCGAGGCUGUUGCGUGCAAGCCCCCUUUUCUGUGCAUGGCAGCGACCAGGCUCAGGAGCUCGGAGGCGGCAACCCUGCCCGAUCCCAUGGAGAAGACUGGUGGUCCCACGUUCUUCAGUGGGCUCUGCACCUUCCGGGUGGUCUCCUGCAGCUACAGGAAAUGCUGCUGUGAAAGCCCAGGCCUUCCUUUACAUGACCAGCCACAGUUGGGCCCAAACGGAUGUCACCCACGAGCAAGGCCCCAGAUUUCUGGUUCCUAAACCUCUUGCUUUUGUUCUUUUCUUGAGUUUGUGAAUCUCAUGGCAAGCUGACUGUGCAGGUGCUGUGGAUGGGAAGCUGGCCAGCAACCCCCGCCCUCCUUUCUCCUUAACAGAAGAGGACACAAGUGUCCGACU